ACCCUUUUCUCUCUCUGUUUUCCUCUAUUUCCAUAACUCCUCCCUUUUCCCCCUCUCUUCCCCUGUUCCUGACUUCCUUCACUUCUUCCUCUUCCCUUUCCUCUUUCUUUUCAAAACCCAUAUCAAAAUGCUCUCUCUCCAAACACCCCCUUCUCUCCCAUGUGCCUCUUCUUUUGUUUGCUUUUUGAGGAAACUCCUCUCAAUAAAUUAAACCCCACUUCUCCCAUUGCUGUUUUCCCCACCUAAAUCCCCCCAUUCUUCUUUGCUCUCUCUCUAUCUCUACAGUAGCCUCUAAAAACAAAUACACUUUCAACUCGAGAAAUGACCAAAGAGGAAGAUUUUAAGCUACUAAAGUUUCAGACUUGUGAUCUCAGAGUGAACAUUCACUGUGAUGGGUGUAGGCAGAAAGUGAAGAAACUUCUUCAGAGGAUAGAAGGAGUUUUUCAGGUUGCCAUAGGUGCGGAGAAUCAGAAGGUUACUGUUUUAGGAAAUGUGGAUUCUACAACUUUGAUCAAUAAGUUGGUGAGAGCUGGAAAACAUGCUGAGCUUUGGUCACAGAAAGCAAACCCGAGCCAGAAACCGAAGAACAAAGACGAUAAGACUCCAAACAAGGAACCGAAGCAUCUCAAACUGACCUCAUUCAACUGUGCAGAUGAUGACAUUGUUGAUUGUGUUGAGGAAGGAGAAGACUAUGAAGCUGCACAGCUUCAGUUCAGAGCAGCUAAUCUUGAUCUCCUUAGACAGCGAGCUAUCGAAGCAAACAAUGCUGGGAAAGGCGGCAUUGGGAUCAGCCGAAUUCCUGGGCUUGCGUCGGGAAAUGGCAAGAUGAACAACAACAACAAUAACAACAUCAACAUCAAUGACAAACCUGGGAAUGGAAAGAAAAUAGACCCUAAUCAGCAAAUGGCAAUAAAAAACACCCCAUCUGAGAUUGACAGAAAAACUUUGGCAGCUUUGAAGAUGAACAAUGCUCAACUUUUUGGUAAUGGCCGAGAAAGUAUCAAUCUCGGGGAAGCGAAAAGAGGAAACAACAACGACCUGAAUUCAUUGAUGAGCAUAGCAGGAUUCAAUGGCGGCAACCUUUUAAAUUUCGCCACUCCGUCUCCCGUUGAUGUCAAUUCAACAAACACCUCUCAAGGAUUUCACCUUCAACAGAACAACGGCUAUGGCUAUGGCUACCAGCCAUCAUCAACCUCUGGAUUCUCCAUGGCAACUGGUCAAUAUCAUCAACAACAACCAACCUUCAUUAGUGGCUACAACCAGUACCAUCAGCAACAACCAUUGAUGAACCUGAACAACAUGCUAAAUAGACAAGCAAUGAACCAGCAGCCUCAAAUGAUGUACAAUAGAGCUCAAUUGGUUCCACCAAACACAGGAUAUUACUUCAAUUACAAUCCAAGCCCUGUUCAUCCAAGUUAUCCUUAUGUUGAGUCUGGUCAUCACCACCAUGGCCAUAAUAGUAACUCUGCAGCUGAUAUGUUCAGUGAUGAGAACACAAGCAGCAGUUGCUCAAUCAUGUAAGAAAGAAAAGGGACAAAGAUCAUUGUCAUGUUAAUGUUUUUUGGGUGGAUGUUUGUUUCUGUGUAUGUUUUGAUGGGGGGUUGUUUUUUUUUUUUGUGUUUAGGGGAUCUGUUUCUCUCUCUCUUUCUCUCUUGUCAGUGUAUUUUGUGGAUUGUUCUUCAAAGAUGAUGUUUGUGAAAUUUGAAGCUGUCUUAUAUGUU